AUGCCAGUAGCUUACAUAAGCUUUUCUGAAUAUCUGACUGCACACAUGAUACCAGAGUGGAAGAAAGAGUAUAUUUCUUAUGAGGAACUGAAUUCUGUUCUCAUCAAAGAACAAAGACAGGACUUUCUAUAUGACAAACAUAAUCAUCAACAGCCAGUGUAUCAGAAGUUCAUCAGUAGAUGGGAUGAAGAGCUAAAAAAAGUGGAACUCUUUUUUUCAGAGAAGCUAACAGAAGCAAACAAAAGGCUGGCUGUAUUUGGAAUCAUUGCCCCAGAUGGUUAUGAAGCAGGUACUGAACAUGUUCUGGUCCACUCUGAUACUCACAGAAAUCUGCAAAGAAAAAAGACUAAAGUACAGAAACUUAAAAUGGCAGUUGGAGAACUUUAUCUAAGUCUGGCAUUUCUCCAGAGCUAUCAGGAACUAAACUACAAAGCUUUCUGUAAGCUUACAAAGAGGUCUGAUGCUACAUUACUGUCUGAGCGAGGCCUACAGUGGAGAAGUGAAAGAUUAGAUACCUCAAUGCUAUACACUGAGAGGAGUAAUUGUAAAGAAAUGAUGUUUAGACUGGAGACAUUCAUGCUUCAGCUGGAGGGUGGGAAUGAAGAAAGAGCCAUGAGAAGUCUGGAAAUCCCACCAAGGGAAACAGAACAAACAGCUGUUCAGUGGAAAACUUUUCGGAUUGGUGUCACCUGUGGCCUUGUGAUAGCUCUAUUGACUUGUAUUGCUUUUAAAGUGCUAAAUGGAUCACAGCUAGAGCAUGUGAAGCCUCUACUACAGCUCUACAGAGGGAGCUUUUUACUAAUUGAGUUCCUGUCCCUCAUGGGUAUCAGCAUGUUUUACUGGAGAAUAACUGGAAUCAACCAUGUCCUGAUCUUUGAGCUGGAUCCCCGAAGUCACUUAUCACAUCAACACAUUUUAGAGGUAGCAGGAUGGCUGGCUGUAUGUUGGUGUGCCAGUCUGUUGGCUUGUCUACAUCCGUCCAUUAUAUCCAUACCACUUCACCUCCACCCCCUUUUCUUCCACAGUCUACUGCUGGUCUUGCUUCUAAACCCUACACCUACAUGUCACUCUUGCUCUCGUCGCUGGCUUCUAACUGAGCUGUGGAAGGUGAUGACAGCACCUCUCUGGCCUGUUGGGUUCGCAGACUGCUGGCUAGCUGACCAGCUGAACAGUCUGAGUCCUCUUGUCUUGAGCCUGUGGGAUGUGCUGGUUUUCUACAGCUAUCAGACAAACUGGGCAGAUCUGCAGGAUUCCAGCUUUCUUUUUAGAGAAAUUGUGGACUGGGAGAGGCAGACUAAGGUUACAUGUCUGAUUCAGUGCUUUUCUCCAUGGCUGAGGUUUGCUCAGUGUCUCAGGUGCUUCUGGGACAGUGGAAACAUCAUUCAUCUCCUUAAUGCUGGGAAAUAUUCCACUGUCUUCAUCAUGGUCAUCUUUGCAGGCCUUUACAACACAGCAAGAGAGAGGACUGAUCUGGUUGUGGAGGUGAGGGUGUAUCUGUACUUGUGGGCCAUGGCUACCUGCAUCAGUGUGUUAGUGACAGUAAGCUGGGACUUGAAGAUGGACUGGGGACUGUUGCAAGGCAAUGGACUUCUGAAAGAAGAGCUAAUGUACCCACGUGAGGAGUAUUACUAUGCAGCCAUGUUGGCAGAUGUGUUACUGCGGAUCUCUUGGGCUAUUAAUAUCCUCCUAGCACAGAUGAAGAACUCGGCUGCUGCUGCUACCGCCAGUGCCAUACUGGCUCCACUGGAGGUCCUCAGACGUUGCAUCUGGAAUUUUUUCCGCCUGGAGAACGACCACCUGAAAAACUGCCGACAGUGUCGAGCUGUCCGUGAUUUUGAUUUGCAAUCAGAAUUCAGUACAGAGAAACUGGUGGAUCAAGAUGUGCUGGCUAACGUCCAGCACAACAAAUCCAGCACGUCAUGCUUUCAACCAACUUGUUUAUUAAUUAGGUCUCUAAGAUCAAGAGUUAAAGAGAUAAACUUACCAGUACAAAGAUUAGAGGUGGAUUCUGUAUCUAUGAGUAUAAUAAAAGCCUCAAAUGAAUACAAAAAUUAUAGAUGA